AUUCUACAGAGGCUCACAGGUCACGGCCAGGCGUUUGUGCUUACGCUUUUGUAGAAUUUAAGCCGAACUUAAACCCGACGAGCGUGAACCGGUACCAAAUCUCUAUCAACUUCACCUCAUAAAUUUAGGUUUGGUUCAUCUGCAGCACAAUGCCGCCGAAGCCAGCCGAUGUGGACAUGGACGAGGAGGAUGCGAACGUUGAUGUUGCCCCGAAGGACCUUGACGACAAGUCUCUACGAGCGUUUACUGGCUUUUUCAAGACCCUCAGCGAGGACCCGCACAUCAUCCGCUUUUUCGACCGCAAGGGCUACUAUUCGGUCCACGGCGCCGCAGCCACCCUCAUCGCACGGCAGUUCUACCGUACAACCGCUGUCGUACGAGGGUCCGAGAGCGGGCUGCCGUACGUGAACGUGAACCGCGCCAUGUUUGAGACCAUCCUUCGCGAGCUGCUGCUGGGCGGUACGGCACACGUGGUGGAGCUGUACGAGGCGGCGGGGACCGGCUGGAAGCUGGCCAGGUCCGCCACCCCCGGCAAGCUCUCCGCCUUCGACGAGGAGCUCUACCGCAGUGCGGAGAUGGCGGAGGUGCCGGUGGUGGCCGCCCUCACCUUUGCCUGCAGCGAGGGGCAGCCGCAGGCGGGGGUGGGGUACGUGGAGCCCGCCUGCUGCCGACUGGGCGCCUGCGAGCUGCUGCUGGAUGACUCGCUGAGCGGGCUGGAGGCGGUGCUGGUGCAGCUGGGGGCGAGGGAGGUGGUGCUGAACAAGGAUUCCCUGUCGUUACUGGACGCGGGUCAGCGCUCCCGCUUGAAUGGGCUGCUGGAGAGUGUGGGGCUCAUGGUGACGGAGCGACCCGCGGGUCUCUUCAGCGCCAAACACCUGGAGGCGGACCUAGCCAAGAUCAUCAAGGGUGGUGCAGUGGAGCAGCACGGUGACGUGUUGGAGCGCCGUACGGCAAGUGCGGCCCUGGCGGCCGUGGUGUCGUACUCGGAGGUGAUGGCGGAGGCAGCGGCGGCGUCAGGUGGCUGCAGCGGCGGCCGCUACUCGCUGUCGCUGUACAACCCCGGGUGCUACAUGCGGCUGGACGCCACUGCGCAGCGGGCGCUGAAUGUGCUGCCCACACGGCAGGACGCCAACGCCACCUUCAGUCUGUACGGCCUGCUCAACCGCUGUCGUACCGCCAUGGGCAAGCGGCGGCUCAAGAGCUGGUUGAAGCAGCCGCUGGUGGACCUGGCUGCCAUCCGGGAGCGGCACGACGUGGUGGAGGCGCUGCUGGCGGACGGGGAGCUGCGGGGCAGGCUGAGGGACCAGCAGUUCAGGGGCCUCCCCGACGUGGAGCGGCUGACCCGCAAGCUGCAGUCGCGGCGCAUCUCGCUGGCGGAGCUGCACCAGCUGUACCGCGCCUCUGCGCGGCUGCCGCUGGUGGAGGAGGCGGUGAGGUGCCACGAGGGGCAGCACGCGGCCAAGCUUGUGGAGAGGUACGCUGACCCCCUUGCCCAGCACCACGACUCGGAACACCUGCAGCGCUUCGAGGAGCUGCUGGAGGCCGCCCUGGACCUGGAGCGGCUGCCCGAGGAGUACCUCAUCUCGCCCUCGUACGACAGCCGGCUGGGGGAGCUGGCGGAGGCCAAGGCGGCGCUGGAGGAGGAGAUUGGCGGGCUGGCGCAGUCCGCCGCUGACGACCUGGGCCUCAUCCUGGACAAGAGCAUCAAGCUGGAGUGGCACCGCGCCGCCAACACGCGCACCCGCUGCCUGCGCAUCACGCAGAAGGAGGAGAAGAACGUGCGGGGGAAGCUGCAGGCAAAGUACGUCAUCAUUGAGACGCGCAAGGACGGCACUAAGUUCACCAACCGGGCGCUGCGGGACGCGGCGGAGCGCCUGAACGCCGCCUCGGGGCAGUACCUGGCGCUGCAGGGGGAGCUGGUGGAGCAGGUUGUGUCUGUGGCCUCCACGUUUGUGGAGGUGUGGGAGGCGGUGGGGGCGCUGCUGGCGGAGAUGGAUGUGCUGCUGGCCUUUGCGGAGGCGGCAGCGGUGGCGCCGGUGCCAUAUGUCAG